AUGGAUUGGCACGAACCCGGGGCUGCGUGCACCUGCGUCGUCACCGAGUAUCACCACCACGCGGGGCGUGACUUCUUCAUUGACGUGGACCUGUUCAGCAUGGACGAGUUGAUGGAACAGGCCACCGAGCUGCUGCAGUCUUACCGUCGCUUCCAUUUGCACGCGGGCGAGAUGACGCGGGAGGACGGGGUGGAGGAGGCCAAAGAGCAGGCGAAUGUCGCCCGGGAUACAUUCCUGGCCAUGUUCCGUGGUCGGCUUGGCGACGGGGACUUCCUCACGGAAAAGACCGAGAAAGACGUUCUCUCGACCAUGCGAUCCUGGCUUGAACAGACGUACCCAAAGGUUGGCGGAAGACAUGCGAAAGGCGAGCUACAGGAGUGCUCGCGUCUGUUGAUGAGUCUUACAUCAGAGACGGCGGGGGCACACGGGCCAGCUGUGUGGCCAUACAUCAAGAAGAUCAGGAUUAUCACAGAGCGGUAUCUGCGCGAGUGCGACGAGAUCCUUGCCAUCUGCAACAUUGGGCGGGCGACGACCGACGUUGGCGUGGCGAGCGUCUUUGAGCUUGCAAGGAAAGCUGAGCUGUCCAACGUGGGCAUUGUUUGUACCAAGUCCGAUAUUAAAGAACAGAAGCGCUUUGAACUCAAGCGCUACCUAAUCGAGACUCGAAACACGUCCGUCAGCAGGAAGCUCCAUGAGCUCUACGACAACAAAAUCCCGGCUGGGGCUCUGCGCGUGUUCUGCGUGAGCAACACUGAGUACCGAGCAGGACGGUGGCUGCCGAGGGACGACGCGCUGCCCUUGUUGCAGCUCAGCGGGAUCAUCGCGCUGCGAAAACACUGCCUUGCCAUCAUCGGAGACAGUCAGCUGAGAAUCGCCACCAAAUUCGUCGCCAACGACAUCCCCGCCCUCCUCGGAGACGUUGGGUUGUGGAUCGAAUCCGGUGCUGGAAGCACGAGUGCGGAGCAGAAGCAGAUCGUUCGUGAGACCCUGGACAAGGUCGAGCAGAUGCUACACAGGGUGAACACGGCUGUAAACCCAUCGUUGAAUAUGAGUGCUUAUUGA